AUGAGUGAUGGUGUUGUGUUUUCAAGGUUGCUUUGUGAGUUAAUGGGUUUCGAGGUUGAUUGGGUGAAGAGUGGCUAUUGUGGGGCUGCUCGGGUUUGUUUAGAUCAACCAAGAAACACAGUUCUAAUAACAAAAAUACUCAAGAUUGGAGUUGUAGUUAAGGAAUGGGUGUUAGGAGAUGAGAUUGUAACAUCAAAGAUUGUUGAAAGUGCUGUGAAUAGGCUAGUGGCAUCAACGGAAGGUGAUGGGAUGAGAAAGAGAGCAGCAGAAAUGGCGGAAUCCGUGCGAGGAUCCGCUGCUGAAGGUGGAGUUUCUCGGAUGGAGAUGGAAUCCUUUAUUGCUCAUAUUACUAGGUAA